AUGUUCAAGGUGGCCGCCCCCAUAAUCAUGUUCAAGGUGGCCGCCCCCGAUAAUCAUGGUAACUCAGGGUUGGGGUUCAGCAUUGCAGGAGGAACUGAUAACCCACAUGUGGGAGAUGACCCCAGCAUAUUCAUCACCAAGAUCAUUCCAGGUGGAGCAGCUGCUCAGGAUGGACGGCUCAGAGUAAAUGACAGUAUCCUAUUUGUGAAUGAGGUGGAUGUGCGUGAGGUGACACACAGCACUGCGGUGGAAGCUUUGAAGGAUGCAGGGUCAAUUGUCCGUCUCUACGUGAUGCGCAGGAAGCCGGCAUCUGAGAAAAUCAUUGAAAUCAAAUUGAUUAAAGGUCCAAAAGGUCUUGGAUUCAGCAUUGCUGGUGGUGUUGGUAAUCAGCACAUUCCCGGUGAUAACAGUAUAUACGUUACCAAGAUCAUUGAGGGUGGGGCUGCACACAAGGACAUGCGGCUGCAGAUUGGAGACAAGAUUCUUGCGGUUAAUCACGUCAGUCUGGAGGAUGUGAUGCAUGAAGAUGCGGUUGCAGCAUUAAAGAAUACAUCAGACAUUGUCUACCUGAAAGUCGCCAAACCAACCAACGUCUAUCUGAAUGACUCCUAUGCCCCACCCGACAUCACCACCUCCUACUCUCAGCAGCUGGACAGUGACCUGUGUCACCCAAGUUAUCUUGGCCCCGAGUAUGCUCCAAUAAUGACACCAACCUCACCCCGCAGAUACUCCCCCAUUCCCAAAGAACUUAUGGGAGAAGAAGAGGUGCCACGGGAACCUCGCAGGAUUGUCAUUCAUCGUGGCUCCACGGGGCUUGGAUUUAAUAUUGUUGGAGGAGAAGAUGGGGAAGGAAUAUUCAUCUCAUUUAUCUUGGCGGGGGGUCCGGCUGACCUGAGCGGAGCUUUACGAAAGGGGGAUCAAAUCUUGUCUGUGAAUGGGGUGGAUCUGAGAAAUGCUACUCAUGAGCAGGCGGCUCUGGCCCUCAAGAAUGCCGGGCAAACAGUCACAAUCAUUGCCCAGUACAAGCCUGAGGAGUACAGCAGGUUCGAAGCCAAGAUCCAUGACCUGAGGGAGCAGCUGAUGAACAGCAGUCUCGGCUCUGGGAGUGCAUCUCUGCACAACGCUAACGGUGGCAAGAGAGGGUUCUACAUCAGGGCUCUUUUUGACUAUGACAAGACACGGGACUGCGGCUUUCUCAGUCAAGCCCUUAGCUUCAAGUUUGGAGAUGUCCUCCAUGUUAUAGAUGCCACAGAUGACGAGUGGUGGCAGGCGAGACGGGUACAACCAGAGGGAGAAGAAGUCGGCUUCAUCCCCAGUAAGAGAAGGGUGGAGAGACGAGAAUGGUCUCGGUUAAAGGUAAAGGACCGAAGCAGCACUACUGGCUCUCAGAGCCGGGAGGACAUUGUGCUCAGUUAUGAGAUGGUUGUCCACAUGGAAGUGCACUACGCCCGUCCCAUCAUCAUUCUGGGACCUGGGAAGGAUAGGGUUAAUGACGACCUUCUGUCUGAGUUUCCUGAUAAGUUUGGCUCCUGCGUUCCUCAUACGACGCGUCCUAAACGAGAUUACGAGGUGGAUGGAAGAGAUUACCACUUUGUGUCAUCUCGAGAAAAGAUGGAAAAAGACAUUCAAGGUCAUAAAUUUAUUGAGGCUGGUCAAUACAAUGGACACCUGUAUGGGACCAGUGUGCAGAGUGUCAGAGAGGUCGCUGAGCAGGGGAAGCAUUGUAUCCUAGACGUCUCGGCUAAUGCUGUCCGACGUCUUCAGGCAGCUCAGCUUCAGCCCAUUGCCAUCUUUAUACGUCCUAAGACACUGGAAAACAUUCUAGAAAUUAACAAACGUCUAACCGAGGAACAAGCCAGAAAAACAUAUGAAAGAUCCACAAAGCUGGAGCAAGACUUUACCGAGUGCUUCUCAGCGGUGGUCGAGGGAGAAAGCUUUGAAGAGGUCUACCAUAAAAUUAAGGGGAUCAUCGAGGAUCUCUCGGGGCCCUACAUCUGGGUACCUUCCCGAGAAAGACUUUAAAACCAGCCUCCUUCUCCAGUCCCACCGUCAAAUAGCGGAGACUUCUCUCUCCUGGAGCAUUGUAUAUCUGGAGGCAAUAAGGCACUCCGGCACCUACCUGGCCUCAUGUUGCCACCCCCACCUGGAGUGCCUGAUUACUUCUGAAUGGGGCUGACAUAUCCUUCAACAGGAGACCUAAACCAUUGUGUUUCUAUAGGUUUUUCUGUAUGUUUUAUACAUGCACAAACUCUUUAUAGACCGCAACCUGGUUCUUCUGUUUUUGCUCGGCUCCUCGUGGGAGUGGUUUCCUUGUGAGCCGGCCCCUGCUGUGGGUUGAGCCUGUUGUAUAAAAAAGACUUUUAGUCCUGGUUUUUUAUCUCGCUGUCUGCGUUUAUUUUGUGCAUGCAUCUUAUACUGGUAAGGGAGGACUUUGGAAUUAAUGGACAAAUGCCCCAUUAUGCCCCCCCGCCCUUCAUCCCCACGCACAUGCCCUAAGAGCAUUGGGUAAUAUGGACAAUAAUUUCCCCUGUGAGGGGCAGUAGAUUCAUGGAUGUCUCCUUUGCUCUCAAACAAAGCCAUGGAGGGGUUAAGUGUGCAAUGUUCUGCAGGCCCUGUCACACGAGAGGUUUAUAAAGUGAAGUUCUUCAGGACAAAGAGUAAAAGAGCCGUGAGCUGUAGAGCUCGGGA